GUGAGAAGCUGUCUGCUGGGGGCCGGCCGCUGUCCGUCUCCACCCACACACCUGGAUCCGUCACAUUCCCACGGCAGGCCUGGAAACACAAGUGCGACAAUCAGCCAGCAAAGGUUUAGCAGGUAAACAGAAAUCAUCGCCUCUUUCGAAGUGGAAAAACCUGACAAUCUCCCUGAAUAGUGCGAUGUUCUGCAGGAGAUUCUUCCAACUAUUCCCAAGUCUCCAGCUCCCAACUCCUUGGCAAACAGACUGCAGACCAUGGAGUCUAUGCAGAGCAGGGAGAUUGCCUGCUAGCACUAAGGGACUAAUGGACCAAGGCUGUGGAUGCAACCUAAAGCAUCUCCAGGAAGCUGGAAUGCCUGUUGAUCAGCACCAGCAUGGAGAAUUCCUGGCUCCAGGUGAACUCAGGGCAUGAACAGAUGCACUGCAGACACCAACCAGUCUGAAGAGCAAGGUAUCUUCCUUCCUCCAGCUGUCAAAUCCGUACCUAUCUCGGUGCUGAAGCAGAGUGGGCUUCUGCAGGCUCUGGCAGAGGGACCCAAUGGGUGCACAGAAGCUGAUCCUAGCGCGGAGGUGCUGCAAGCCCAGGAAGAAUGGGAGGCCGUGGAAAGUCUCCAGUCAGGGCUCGUGGGGACGUCUGCAGGUCAAGUGCCCCUGAUUGCCUUCAAUGAAGCACUGCAAUAUUUCCAGACAGCUGACCUGUCAGAGUGCAGGAAAAAAAUCCAGCCAACAGUGCAAAGGCGAGGACUGUCUGCCGUGGCUCACUUCUUCUUUGGCCCCCCGCAGCUCCAUCAGCAGCUGCAAGGCGAACGGGAUCUGGUCCUGGCGAUAGCCCAGUGUGGCUUGGAUAAUAAUGAGAAAGUGCACAUGAGGAUCCUGCAGACCAUCUACAGGAAACUAACAGGCUCCAGAUUCGAUUGUCCCCGCUAUGGCGCCCACUGGGAAGAGCUGGGCUUUCAAGGUAUGGAUCCUGGGACAGACCUGCGUGGGACUGGAUUGUUCGGGUUAAUGCAAAUUCUAUAUUUUGUAAUGGACUCUCGGACAUUACCCCUAGCUCGAGACGUUUUCAAGCUGUCCCAUCAUGAAUCACAGAAUUUCCCUUUCUGUGUCAUGUCUAUAAAUAUCACUCGCAUCGUGAUCCAGGCCCUGAGGGAAGAACAUCUUUCUCGAGAAUGUAACCGCAGACAGCAGGUCAUUGCAGUGCUAAAUGAUUUGUAUGUGGCCACCUCCCUGCGUCUCUACGUCAUCUGGAAAACGCAACAGAAAACAAUUUCUGACUCUGGCUUCGUUCUGAAAGAACUGGAGGCAUUUGCCAAAAAGAAACCGAAGCAGCUUCUGAGAUAUUUGGAGAUCUACAUGAGUGGAAGAGCUGUGUCAGUAAUAGAUGGUGGUUUUCAACACCCUUCUUCCUCCUCCGGUGUAUACCUCAGCUCUGCUGUCAGCAACAGCAGCAAAGAGAUAAACUUCACGGGAGUGUGCGACCCACAGGUUGAGAUGGAAGGAGAGGCCCGGCUGAUCUGAAACCAAGGCAACACCGCUGGCUGGGAAGAUUCUUGUAAGACACUGACAGAGGCUCCCAUUGGCAGAGCUCAUUAGUGGCUGCUAGUCCCCUGCCAGUCUGUUCACAGUCACUUGUGAAGGGUUGGGAGGUCUGAGAUGGUUCUAGAGUAAGUGCAGCCUCAGAGCCUCUAGGCCAGAUGUAGUGGGACAUGCUGGGGGAAGUUGGUGGAGUUGGCAAUGGAGACCUAGACACCCUGCUUCAUUGUAGAUGCUGUAAUGGUGGUAGCAAACGGUCCCCAUCCGUAGCAGGCUUUUAUCCUGAAUCCACUGAAGUGUGGAUUGACUGGGAGGCCCUUGUACAUACUGAGAAUAAAAAGCUGCUUCAGUUCUCAAGGGUUUCAGUUUGUGAGAGGUGUUAAGAAGCCCACGCUAUUGUUGCUGAGCCCUGAGGGAGGUGAGCAAUUGAAGCAAACUGCAGGCCUGACUUCCCUUCAGCUAGGAUUCUCCCAGGGGGAGUUAGCAAGCGGGUAGGAGAUGCAAAGCUAGCAAGGUGUUUUAGUCCAGCCAUUGGGCACCCACUGAGAAUGUGGCUCACGGUUUGUAUAGGAUCAUCGGUGUUAAGCACUAGACAUGCUGGAAUUGGGGUCUGCCUGUCUCUCAUGGGCACUUCUGUGCUGCCACUGCUGUACCAUCUGAGCACCUCACGAUAUUUAAUGUAUUUGUGCUCACGCUCCCCCGUCAGGCUGGGCAGUGCUGUUGUCCCUGUCUUGCAGAUGGGACCUGAGGCUCAGAGAGACUGUGACAUGCCCAGGGUCACACAGCAAGUCUGUGGCAGAGCAAGGGUUGGAACCCAGUCUCCGGAGUCCAAGGGUAUUGUCCCAGUCACUGCACAGUAAGGUCCUGCUGUAUGUGCCAGUGAAACAUUCUCCCUUGUAGUGUGUUGUGUAAUGUGGUGGCUGGACAGUUCAAGUCCCCUGCAGCUUGGGCUUCCCUACUCCAGGUUAAUGCUGUUCUUACCUUCCCUGCUUCUUAUUCUGUGCAUCUGCUCAGGAGUCUUCCUCCAGAGUCUCAGUAAAGAAUGAUGAGCUUUACUGAAACUUGGAAUGGGCAAGAUCUGUCUGGAUUAGGGCCUGAGGGAACAGUAGUGAGACACAGACCCUUGGCUUCCAGCAUUGCCACGGGCUAUCAAUUCAGAUGCUCCUGACUCUAGAGGAAAGUUCAGGAGAGACGUGGUCAUUCAGGUACAUGGCAUCCACCUGGAUAGCUGCGGGUGGGAGCUCUGGUCUAUGAGAGUAUGUCUGUGGGAGUCAGGCUUUUGGGCUCUGUUUUUCUAAGCUCAUGCUAGAGCUUCCACACUGCAUUGUAAACCUGGGUUUACAGUUGCUGGACCUGAGUCUCACAACCGUGCCAAUGCGUCCAUACUGCACAACACAGACCUUCUGACUUGGAUCUGCUGCUUGACCUGCAUCCACACUGCACAAUGACAGGGAUUAGAUCUGAGUCACAGUCAGAAUUGGGCUCUGACCCACCUCCCUUAGGAGGGUCCUAGGAUCUGGGGCCCGAGUGCCUGCUGAUCUGAGUCCGAAUGGAAAGGGGGCUCAAACCAGAGUUAGAGCUUAGGCUUAGUGUGCCUGAGGUAUACACUGCAAUAAAACAUCCACACUUGGCCCACGUCAGCUGACUUGGGCGGCAGGUUUAUAAAAUUGCUGUGUUGACGAUUGCACUUGGGUCCAGCCCAAGCCUGAAUGUUUACACUGAACAAGUAUAGCUCCGUAGCCUGAGUCCCCUGAGCCAGCUGAUGUGGGCCAGCCGCAGGUGGUUUUUUGUCAUGUAGACAAACCCUGAGAGGCUAAGGCAGGGAGGAGCAGAAUCACAUGAAGUGUUUGACUUUAUGGAAUAUUGUCCCCUAACUCUUCUGUACUCAGCUGUAGUGGCCUGCAGGAGUCAUAAAAGCUUAUUAGCUGCCUGGGAGAGAACCCCCCCGGCACAGGCACUACAUAGGACAGCUGAGGGCUAGUCAGGCCCUCAUGCAAGCCAGAAUAGGGGAGAUGAGCUGGGGCAGGGAGAACAGUCCCCAUAGGCAGCCCCGGGGGGACACAUGGGAGAUCCCUAACACUACAGUUAUGAUCACAAGAGAAUUCCCUGUAUUAUCUGGGCUCAGAAAUUUCUGAAAUUCUUUGGGCCCCUGGCUGGGUCUCAGCUCAAAGGCGAAUAUUUGCUGGAAAGUUUCAGGAAAUUCCCAUUCAGACAUUUUUGAAUGGUUGACGGAGAACAGAUUUUUCAGGUUUACACUUGUCCUUGCCCAAAAAUGCUUGCCCCACAGAAACACCGGUGUUGCCUACUCUUGUGAUUUUAUCGCAAGUCUUGUGCUGUUUGGUGUUUCCCUUAGGUUACUAUCUCAACUGAUCAGCACGGAGGUCAAGGGGAGGUAGAUGCCUAGGUGCUUUUGAAAAUCCCACCAGCUUCCUAUCUUCAUCUUUAGGCACCUGAACGCCUUUUAAAAAUCAGGCCCUCAGAGACUUGCCCAGUGUUUCAGGGGAGUCCAGGGUUUUGAUGUGAUCACCAGCCUGUAAGUACCUACAUGGGGAGAAGAUUUCUGACAGUAGACCUCUCUAAGCUCGUAAACAAAGGCAUGACAAGAUCCGGUGUCUGGGAGGUGCCGUUCCAAUUGGAAAUAAAAUGUAAUUUCUGAACAGUGGAUUAAGAACAGUGGAGGCAAUUAAAUGGAUAACAAUUAACCAGCGGAACAGCUUCCCAGGGGCCCUGAUACCCUGUGUCUUCCUAAAAGUUCGGGGUGCAGUUCUGGGCGGGGGAGGUGCAUGGCUGAAGGCACAGCCCAGGGGUGGGGUGGGGGACGGGAGAUAGCUCGGUGUCAGCUCUGCCAUUCUGCGCUUCUCCAGUGGCCAAAACGAUCUCUGCAUAAGUCACAGGACUUGGCAGUAGCUCACAUUUGCAGCCCAAGAUCCUGUCGCGUUGGAGACCUGCCUUCUUCUCCUCCCCAGCCCUGUUCCCAACAGGCUAGGGAAGGGAGGGAGCAGCUUACGGUAGUGCUGCACUGGGGAAGUUCUUCCAUGGUGUGUUACUCUUGUGGAGCAGCGGGUAGGGUCCGAACCUGCCUUAGGCUGCAGUUCAACCCCAAGUUCACACAGCAGGGAAGAAUAGUCCCUUCUGCUGCAGGCGUGGUCAGGUGAGGAUCUCUGGCCAGCGUUCUGUAAGAGGUCCACUGGCUGAUGAGAGGGCUCCCAGCUAGCCUGAGCUCUAUGAAAAGACCAGUUAGAAUGAGCAGCUUGUUGUAACUGAUGCACUUUGAGCAUAGGCAGUGAGAUAAAGUGGUCCAGACUUUGUGAUCCUGCAGGGUGCAGGGCAUGUUCCUUAGGGGAUGCAUCUCCUGAGUGGCAGAGAAAGUAGUCUGCUUUCAUAGUCGCCUUGUGCUUUAUGGAAAUCCAGUGUGUUCCUACUCUGCUGAGGCCCCAUCCCUAAAUGGGCCUUUUCAGCUGAACCUUGUGCCUCUUUAGCACAGCACAUAGGCCUGUUGUCUCAUAUCUUUGGCUUGGAAAUCUCUCUGUCUCUCUGCAGUGCGGUGCAUGCAGAUUCUCUCCAUGUGCCACUACCUUGGAGCCGUGGACACUAAUUGUAAUGGGCUAGGCACUUUCCAAUAAACCAUUGGCGUACCGUU